AUGCUCUGUCGACGCCCUCUCCUCCGAGCGCUGGGGACCGUCCCAAGGCCACAGGCGCGGGCCAUGUCCCAUUUCGCAGGCGGACCGGCCCAGCCGCCGAGCGCCAGCAUCCCCAUGCCCUACAUCACCGAGGUUUCAGAGAGAAUCAUCUGCCUCAACGGCGCCAUCGACGACACCGUCUCGGCGUCCAUCGUCGCCCAGCUGCUCUGGCUCGAGUCGGACAACCCCGACAAGGCCAUCACGCUCUACAUCAACUCGCCCGGCGGCUCCGUCACCUCGGGCCUCGCCAUCUACGACACAAUGACCUACAUCAAGUCGCCCGUCUCGACCGUCUGCCUCGGCGCCGCCUCGUCCAUGGGCGCGCUGCUGCUGACGGGCGGCGAGGCCGGCAAGCGCUACGCCCUGCCGCACAGCUCCGUCAUGAUCCACCAGCCGCUCGGCGGCACGCAGGGCCAGGCGUCGGACAUUCUCAUCUACGCCCACCAGAUCCAGCGCGUGCGCACCAAGCUCAACGAGAUUAUGCGGCGCCACCUCAACGCCGCCUUUGGCCGCGACCGCUACUCGCUCGCCGAGGUCAACGACAUGAUGGAGCGCGACAAGUACCUGACGCCCGAGGAGGCCAAGGAGAUUGGUGUCAUUGACGAGAUUCUGACGCGCCGCACCGACAAGGACGAGAAGGAGAGGGGCGAUGCGCAGAAGACGAAGCCGUAGACGGUCGUAGCUGGCCGUACGUUGUAGACGGUCAUGGCCAGUCGUAGACUGCCGUGGGGCCAGCCGUAGACUGCCGUGGACUGGGAGCCGUAGCGCUGGGAGGCCAAGAGUUGGACGUUAGCCUCGUGUCAGCUAUAGUCAGGAAACGCAUCAUCUAUUCAUCAGCAAGCCUAAAAAUGUAGAGAAAA